AUGAACCAGGUCAAUGCACAAAGACCUCUGCCAGCAAACAUCCACUUAUCCCCCUCCCAUGGACUGCUCAAGAUUCCUUACUGUGACUCCGCCAAUGAACUCGUCAUCCGCAACUACCUUGGCCCAGUUGCGAGCGAGAACAUCAAGUUAGCCGGCGGAGGACAGCGCUCAAAGCACAUUCCAAGGACGGUGCAACUGGCGACUUUCUGUAACCUCAACCUUCGCCUCCUCGGAGAUGCCGCUCUUGUCGGCUUCGGCAAAGCCUUCGUCGAGCCCACCUCGUCGCUGAUAGUGACCCUGCACUGUCCAUUCGACCUCUUCCCUCCGGAGCUCCUCUUCGGCUACCCAGCUUCGCGCAAGGGCGACAUCUGGCAGCUCGCAUGCCUCCUCUUCAAGGUCCACACGGGGAUUUACCCCUUCCCUACAGCGCCCUCGUACGAGUUGCUCAUCUGGUGGAUUGUGCGGUACACGGGUCCCGUCCCCGGCCACUGGAGAGGCAGAUACCGCUGGGACAGGUUCAGCUCGCCGGGGACGAUGCCGGACGGAGAAUUCGAAGGGCGGUUCAAUUCUUUUCAGCCAACGCAGUCCCUCAAGCCAGUCCUCGUGAGGGAGUACCACCUCUCCUGUGCUGAGAGAUAG